GUAUUUUAAGAAUCUAAGCUACCCACACAUAGACUCAAUGAAGACCAAACAUAUUAGCCGUAAAUACCAUACAUAGCCACAAGGGGAGCCUUACUGAAGGCUGCAAUAGAUACUUUAUCCACAGAGGGCAGCACCACAGACCAAGCGAGGAAAACCGAGGAUUACGUCCCACCGGUUUUCUCCAAGUCUUCCGGUCCUCCGAGUCCAUAAGAAAGCCUCCACAUCUUGGAGACAGGUAGAACUCUCCAGGCAGCGCUAGGACAUUCGUGGGCUAAAGUCUUAGACCAGCUAGGAGAACACUCUCGCACGUGCUAAGGCACAUCUUCAAUCUCUCUUAUCUUCAGAGCAUCAGUUUACCAUACCGAAAAUACUUUAUACAAAUAAAGUAUCUUUAAAGCUAUUCCUUUGGAUUCGACCCCUCUUUCCUUGAAGAACAUAAUAAUUGGUUGACCCCGACGUUCGUGGAAAGUCCGGACCGAGACUGGCGACCGCGAGGCCGUUCGGAAAGCAGUACAAGCUACUUACAGGCGCCACAACAAAGAGGACCGACGUGGGGCCCAGUGGCACCACCUGAGCCGGUGCCGCAAAGCAGAUACUCCUGGCAGAUCGUGGACUGAGACCCUGACCGACCUAGCUGCACUCCAAGCCAAGGACAAACACUCCUCAUCCCAAGACGAUGGGCCACAGCGUGCCCUUGGGAAAGUACCUGGUAGGAUUCCUUCUGGUAGUCCUGUUCCAAGAAGGAGCGGGAGACAACAUCGCCAGGUACCCACCGCCUAAACCAACAACAACAGGUCAGGUCUCGUUAAGGUACUGUCGAGGGAUAGAAAGUAUCUUUGAGCUGAAUUUUUGUGAUAUGCUGCCCUGUGGGACCAGGAAGGACCGGGUCUACCAGGCAGAAAAGUACAUGUGCGUAAGCACCAGACGAGACGGUAGCUACAUGAGAGAUUAUUCCUGCGAGGCGUGGUUUCAGACAUCGUGGCUUACCCAUCCUGGGUACAAGGAGGGCUAUUAUCCCCUGAGGUCCAACUACAAGGAAAUCCAAAAGGGAAUCUCCCUUACCAGAAGAUUAUAUGGCUAUAAAGAAGUCUGGAGCAAUAAUGGUCUAGCAGUCAAGGGAGAGUCAAUAUUCAUAAAGUUAAGGGCAGAUUUACUCAUUCCCGAAAACAGAUCUCAUAAGACAGACAAAGGCCUGGUUUUUCUAACGUUAAGGGCGGAUACUUAUGGGGAGGACCUAAAGGUAGUUAUCCAUCUAUCAGGAGUUGCAUGCGGUCCCAAUAAAUUUCCAUCUAGAGGGACGUAUGAUUCCUUAGGAGCGCCUCAUCUCUCACCACCCCCGGUAGUGCACCCAAAUGGAGGGACGCACGAAGAAUAUUGGGAGGUAAAGACGGGUGAGCUUGAUCAGAACAUGUGGUUAAAAUGGAUGAACUACACGGCCCGGGCCCAGGGCAAGACCAACUGCAUUAUCUGUGCCGCCGGCCGCCCCUCCUUGACCACAGCCCCCGCUAGAAUCACCCCGCAUAAUUCACCGCAAGGUUUUGUUUGUUUAUUGGAAUUAUUCGUGGACGGCCACAUCCCAGGGUGCACAAUUGCAAUAAAAUCCAGACUAAAUAACAUGUAUCCUCAGACCCCGAUUAGAUCUUUACCCCCAAGAUUUGAAGUUAAUUUAACUCCGGACUAUCAUUGUAUCACAGGAAGGGGAACAGGGAGAAAGGUGGGAUCAUUUCCUCUUGACUCUUGUAACACCACUAGAGAGAUAAAAUUGUUGUCCAAUAUGACCCGUGCCCGUAGUGAUAUAUGGUGGUUCUGUGGAGGUCUGAUCCUCAGGGGAGUUCUCCCCUUUGAAUUCUCAGGAACAUGCGCAAUCAUACAGUUAAUAAUGCCCAUCUACAUUUUACCCGAUAGCAAGACGGUGAUGGAUCUCACAUUAUCCAGCAACGGUGGUCUCCCGGACUUGACCCGUCGGAAACGAGAGUAUGCACCAGUCCCGGGUAGUUUUGAUAAAAACAUAUACAUAGACGCAAUAGGAGUACCCCGAGGGGUCCCCAACGAACAUAAAGCCCGGAAUCAGGUAGCGGCAGGAUUUGAAUCAGUUCUAUUUUGGUGGUCUACUAUUAAUAAAAAUGUUGACUGGAUAAAUUACAUAUACUAUAAUCAACAACGGUUUGUUAAUUUUACAGAAGAGGCAGUCAAAGGACUGUCCGAACAAUUGGAUGCCACCUCCCGGAUGACCUAUCAGAAUAGGCUAGCUUUAGAUAUGUUAUUAGCAGAACGAGGAGGGGUGUGCGGGAUGAUAGGGACAACAUGUUGUACAUUUAUCCCCAAUAACACAGCACCAGAUGGGUCCGUGGCCAGGGCAUUGGCUGGACUGCAAUCCCUCAAGUUGGAGUUGGCCGAGAACUCCGGUAUUGGUGACCCAAUAGCUGGAUGGAUGGAGAACCUGUUUGGUAGGUGGAGAGGUAUGAUCCAGUCAGUACUCAUCGCGGGAAUAAUGGCAGUAGCCGUGUUAAUUGUUGUCGGCUGCUGUUGUAUUCCCUGCGCACGAGGGCUACUGAAUCGGCUGAUCACCACAGCAUUGGGCGCCACAAAAGUGCCAGGUGACAUUCAUGCUUACGUAGGAAUCAGAUAUAAUCCGUUGAACUUCAAUGAGAUACCACCUGAGGAACCUGAACCUAUCCAAUUACAAUAUAUAGAAUAAAAUGCCACCAUUUGUAGCACCUGUGUCUUAAGAUAAUCAACAUCCUGGAUUUACUUGAAUAAUUAAUUAUUGAACCACCAAGACGAAUUGUGUUUGUUAUUAUAUAGUAUUGUUUGGUUAUGAGUACAACUCGUUAUUUCUGAAUCGCUGCAUUAAUAAUGGUACAGUUGAUCUUCUUUGAGGCGAUUGUUUUACAGGCCACCUGUUACUGACACGACGACGACGACGGAGAACCUGUUUGAAGGCUCCCAUGAUGUAGGAGUAACCCCUCUGAGUUGAGCCCUUGACAAGGAGGGACGAGUCUUGGGUUCAUGAAUUACAGGCCAGACGGCGACAGAAAAAACAAUGACUGCAAUAAUAACAAGCCCAAAACCACCCACAUGAACCGGCGCACCAAAACACGAAGAUCACCUGAACCCCCCAAAUCUAUGCCCAAACCACCCACAUGAACCGGCGCACCAAUACACGAAGAUCACCUGAACCCCCCAAAUCCAUGAUAGCUUGUCAAUUAUUUUGAAAUUUUAAAAUUGUAUUAUGUCUACCAAUUUUUACUUUACUUUUACACAUGAUGAAAAUUGUAUGGCCUUGUAGCACAUAACCAAAAGUAUUAGCUCAGGAUUUCUAUGAAUAGUUUUGUUUGUGUGAUAUUUGGCCAUGUGAUUGUAUGAUAACAAGAUUUAUGUUCAUUGUUGUAUUGUUAAAUAAUGACCUGUAUUCCCAAUGAGACCCACAAGGUGGAUGCCAUUUCAGUAUUAUGAGCCCGUUGUGGUUUUUCCCUCUAUUCAAGAGUUUUCCACAACGGUAGAUGGUGUUGAUCCUAAUUUGACUAUGUUUUCGGUGUGGUAAAUGGUUUUUAUGGUUUAAAAUAUUAUUGUAUGGUCAUCUGAGAUGACCAAGGAGGGACUGUUACGUAUUUUAAGAAUCUAAGCUACCCACACAUAGACUCAAUGAAGACCAAACAUAUUAGCCGUAAAUACCAUACAUAGCCACAAGGGGAGCCUUACUGAAGGCUGCAAUAGAUACUUUAUCCACAGAGGGCAGCACCACAGACCAAGCGAGGAAAACCGAGGAUUACGUCCCACCGGUUUUCUCCAAGUCUUCCGGUCCUCCGAGUCCAUAAGAAAGCCUCCACAUCUUGGAGACAGGUAGAACUCUCCAGGCAGCGCUAGGACAUUCGUGGGCUAAAGUCUUAGACCAGCUAGGAGAACACUCUCGCACGUGCUAAGGCACAUCUUCAAUCUCUCUUAUCUUCAGAGCAUCAGUUUACCAUACCGAAAAUACUUUAUACAAAUAAAGUAUCUUUAAAGCUAUUCCUUUGGAUUCGACCCCUCUUUCCUUGA